UCCCUUCGGAAAAGACAGAUCCGCCCCGACUCGCAGCCUUGAGAGGGAAGGUAAAUCUGGCGGAGGCCCGUAGGAGUCGCGUCGGUGUAUCUCUCUUGCAGCGAAGGAUGAGGCUCACCAUCUGUGCCCUGCUGUGCGCGGGGGCCCUGGGGCUGUGUCUCGCUGUCCCCAGGGAAACUGUGAAAUGGUGCACCAUCUCAAGUCAUGAGGCCAGUAAGUGCUCCACUUUCCGUGACAGUAUGCAGAAAGUCUUUCCUCAGAGUGGUCCUGUUCUCUCCUGUGUGAAGAAAACCUCCACCAUUGACUGCAUCAAGGCCAUCGCGGCAAAUGAAGCAGAUGCUGUGACACUGGAUGGAGGUUUGGUGUUUGAGGCGGGUCUGGCUCCCUACAAUCUGAAACCUGUAGUGGCAGAGUUCUAUGGCUCCAAAGAAGAUCCACAAACCUUCUACUAUGCUGUGGCAGUGGUGAAGAAGGGCAGCGGCUUCCAGCUGAACCAGCUCAAAGGCAAGAAGUCUUGCCACACGGGCUUAGGCAGGUCCGCAGGGUGGAAUAUCCCCAUAGGCUUACUCUACCCGGAAUUGCCUGAGCCACGUGAGCCUCUUCAGAAAGCAGUGGGCAAUUUCUUCGCGGGCAGCUGUGUCCCCGGUGCGGAUGGUUCAGCCUUUCCCAAACUGUGUCAACUGUGUGCGGGAAAAGGGCCCAACAAGUGUGCCUUCUCUAACCACGAACCAUACUUUGGCUUCUCGGGUGCCUUCAAGUGUCUGCAGCACGGUGUGGGGGACGUGGGCUUCGUGAGUCAUAUGACCGUGUUAGAGACGUUUGCAAACCAGGCUGACAGGGAUGGGUAUGAGCUGCUCUGCAGAGACAACCUCCGGAAGCCAGUGGACAAAUAUAAGGAGUGUCACCUGGGCAGAGUCCCUUCCAGUGCAGUCGUGGCCCGAAGCGUGGGUGGCAAGGAGGACUUGAUCUGGGAGCUUCUCAACCAGGCCCAGGAACAUUUUGGAAAAGACAAGUCAGCAGGAUUCCAGCUCUUUGGCUCUCCUUAUGGGAAGGACCUGCUGUUUACAGACGCCGCCCACGGAUUUUUAAGAGUCCCACCUAAGAUGGAUGUCAAACUGUACCUGGGAUAUGAGUAUUUUGCUACCAUUCAGGCUCUCAUGGCAGGUGGUGUGGAAGACUCCCGGAGAGUGCAGUGGUGCGCAGUGGGCCACCAUGAGAGAGCCAAGUGUGACGACUGGAGUGGCGUGAGUGGUGGCAUCUUAACGUGCACCAUGGAAGAGACCACUGAGGACUGCAUUGCCGCCAUUGUGAAAGGAGAAGCUGAUGCCAUGAGCUUAGAGGGAGGAUUUAUCUACACAGCGGGCAAGUGUGGUCUGGUGCCUGUCCUGGCCGAGAACUACAUGCCUAAAGAUGGCAACGAGCAGCUUGGGUCUAAGUGUGUGAAUACACUCACUGAAGGUUACUAUGCUGUGGCAGUGGUUAAGAAAUCAGAUGCCCACCUUACCUGGAGCUCUCUGAGAGGCAAGAAGUCCUGCCACACAGCAGCUGGCACUUCUGCGGGCUGGAACAUCCCCAUGGGCUUAAUAUACAACCAUACUGGCUCCUGUAAAUUUGAUGAAUUUUUCAGUCAAAGCUGUGCCCCGGGGUCUGAUCCAGAUUCCAGCCUUUGUGCUUUGUGUGGCGGUGGCAGCAAUCCAGCCUAUGUGUGUGCUCCCAACAGCCACGAGAAAUAUUAUGGCUCCAGUGGGGCAUUCAGGUGUCUGGUUGAGAAGGGAGAUGUGGCCUUUGUGGAGCACCUGGCAGUCCUGCAGAAUACAGAUGGGAAAAACCAUGAAGACUGGGCUAAGGAUCUAAAGCAGAAAGACUUUGAGCUGCUGUGCCUCGAUGACAGCAGAAGGCCUGUGACCGAGGCUCAGAACUGCCACAUAGCCAUAGUCCCAAAUCAUGCUGUGGUCUCAAGGGAAGAUAAUGCAGAUUUUGUUCGCAGAAUGCUCUUCAACCAACAGGAGCUCUUUGGAAGGAAUGGGUUUGAAUAUAUGAUGUUCCAGUUGUUCAAAUCCUCAACCAAGGACCUGCUCUUCAGUGAUGACACGGAGUGUUUGGCCAACCUUCAGGACAAAACAACUUAUCAAAAAUACUUAGGGCCAGAGUAUCUUAGAGCCAUCACUAAUGUGAGACAAUGCGUACCCUCUGAACUUCUGGCCGCUUGCACAUUCCAUAGAAGUUAAAAACUGAUCAAAAUGGGCCACUGCAGAGAUGCUCAGAGCCUGCAAAUACAAUGGGGCCACGUUCUCACUUGCCUGCAUGGGGUCCGUGUUAACAUCAAUGAUCUUUGUAAUUAUGUGCUAUAACUGAGGCAAAAAUUAAAGUGAAUAAAAAUUGUCUUCUCAGAAAACUUUCUUAAAUGUUCUAACAUUUGGAGUGAGGGGGGAGAAAACAA